ACUACUUUUUUUUGUAGCAGUAAUAGUAUUAUCCUAAUUACCUUUUAGCUCAAAAUUAACUAACUAUACAUUUAUAUAUGCACGUAGUUGUUCAUCAAAUCACGACACCGGAGGAGGAGGAUAAUGAAACUAAUCACCGCCGCCGUUAUAGUUAUAGUUACAGCUAUUGUUGUGCAUUCGCCGGAAGUAAAAGGUCAAGUAAUCGGAGACGAGUUCGCUGGUCAGAUCAACGAUACCGCGUUUUUACCGUUUGUAACUCAGACUGUAUAUGCAAGUCUCUCUAAUCUCACUUCCACUAUUUUAAAUAGUGAUAUUGGUAAUCGAUCUUCAUUCUGUGUUAAAAACCGGGAAGUUGAGUGGGAUCGAGCAUUUAAUUUUUCUUCUAAUUUGGAUUUCUUGAGUGCUUGCAUUACCAAAACUAACGGAGAUGUUACACGACGUGUGUGUAAUUCAGCAGAGUUAAAAUUCUACUUUGGGGGUUUCUUUUCGGGUGCUACCUAUUUGAAGCCCAACAGGAACUGUAACUUAACAUCCCGGGUUUCUGGUUGUGAGCCAGGAUGGGCUUGUGCCACUUCACGGACCGACAAUGUUGACAUGAGAGAUUCUAAGCAUAUACCAGCUCGAACUGAAGACUGUCAACCUUGUUGCGAGGGUUUCUUCUGCCCCAGCGGUCUUACUUGCAUGAUCCCCUGCCCUUUGGGUUCACACUGCCCAACUGCAACCCUUGAUAGAGCUAGUGGCAUAUGCAAACCAUAUUCUUAUCAAUUGCCAGCUGCAAUGCCUAAUCAUACUUGUGGUGGAGCAAACAUUUGGGCAGAUGUUCGAACUAGUGGGGAGCUUUUCUGUUCACCGGGGUCAUAUUGUCCAACAAGUACACAGCAAAUACCUUGCAGCGAAGGGAACUACUGUCAACAAGGAUCUACAUCUGAGAAAUCAUGCUUCAAGCUGACCUCAUGUGAACGCAACAGUUCGACUCAAAAUAUACAUGCGUACGGGGCAAUGCUUAUAGCUGCCAUAAUUACCAUUCUUCUCAUCAUAUACAACUGCUCUGAUCAAAUAAUUACAACUCGAGAAAGAAGACAUGCUAAAUCUAGGGAAGCAGCUGCAAGACGUGCAAAAGAGAAAGUGAAGGCACAUGAAAGGUGGAAAAUGGCAAGAGAAGCUGCUAAAAGACACGCAGCUCAAAUAUCUCGUACAUUUUCUCGUAAAAAGGCCGCCCCACAAACUGAGGAACUCUCGAUGUUACAUACGGAUAAUGGUCAAAUUACUUCAGAUAUGUCACUUCCAUCAUACCAGGAAAACAGAUUGGAGCUAAGAAGUCAAACAUUUAAGGGUAUAGAUGAAGAUCUUUAUAAUUAUGAUCUUAGCAUGGAGAAAAAAGAUGCAAAGAAUCAUAAGAAGAAAAUGCAUAAGGAAAAGGAGAAGGAAAUUCAUACUCAUAGCCAGAUAUUUAACUAUGCGUAUGGUCAAAUCGAGAAAGAAAAAGCCAUGCAACAGAAUCAAAACCUUACCUUCUCUGGAGUAAUCUCAAUGGCAGUAAAUACUGAAAAGAGAAAAAGACCCAAAAUUGAGAUUUCUUUUCGAGAUCUAACUCUUACUUUAAAAGGAAAAGGCAAACAUCUAUUGAGGUGUGUUACUGGAAAAAUCAUGCCGGGGCGCAUAACAGCUGUCAUGGGUCCAUCUGGGGCUGGUAAAACAACAUUUCUUUCUGCACUUGCUGGAAAAGCACAUGGGUGUAGGAUUACUGGUUCGAUUUUUGUAAAUGGGAAAUCCGACUCAAUACAUUCAUAUAAAAAGAUCAUCGGUUUUGUGCCACAAGAUGAUAUCGUCCAUGGUAAUCUGACUGUAGAGGAGAAUCUCUGGUUCAGUGCAAAGUGCAGGCUACCAGCAAAUAUGCUUAAACAAGACAGGGUUCUAGUUGUUGAGAGGGUUAUAGAGUCACUGGGUUUGCAAGCAGUGAGAAAUUCAUUAGUUGGAACUGUAGAAAAGCGCGGAAUAUCAGGAGGUCAAAGAAAACGAGUAAAUGUUGGCCUGGAAAUGGUAAUGGAACCAUCGCUAUUGAUCUUAGACGAACCAACUUCUGGUCUAGAUAGUUCAUCUUCUCAGCUACUUCUUAGAGCCCUUCGACGCGAGACUCUUGAAGGGGUGAAUGUUAGCAUGGUUGUUCACCAACCAAGCUACUCUUUGUUUCAGAUGUUCGAUGAUUUAAUAAUUUUAGCAAAAGGCGGACUUACCGUUUAUCAUGGAUCUGUAAGGAAAGUUGAAGAAUACUUUUCUGGGCUUGGAAUCAAUGUUCCAGAGCGUGUUAAUCCUCCAGAUUAUUUUAUAGAUGUUUUGGAAGGGAUGGUUAAGCCAAACACAAGUUCGGGUGUAAAUUAUGAACAACUUCCCGUUAGAUGGAUGCUUCAUAAGGGUUAUACCGUGCCCCCUGAUAUGCGUAGGAAUGCAUCUGCGGCUGGGCUUACAAAUUUCCCAGAAGGUCAGAUUUCAGGUAAUGACCUACAUGCCCAUGAGGGUGCGGCAGAGGAACAUUCAUUUGCUGGUGAAAUAUGGCAGGAUGUAAGAUCAAAUGUGGAAGUAAGAAGAGAUAUUAUCUGUCAUAAUUUCCUGCGAACAAAGGACUUGUCCAACCGCCAGACUCCUGGAAUUCUUCUGCAAUACCGAUAUUUUCUUGGAAGGCUUGCUAAGCAGCGUUUACGAGAAUCUAAGCUACAGUUAGUGGAUUAUCUCAUUUUAUUACUUGCCGGGGCAUGCUUGGGAUCCAUUAUUAAAUCAAGUGAAGAGACGUUUGGGGCACCUGGAUACACCUAUUCCAUUAUCGCAGUAUCUUUGUUAUGCAAAGUUGCGGCAUUGAGAACAUUUUCAUUGGAUAAAUUACAAUAUUGGAGAGAACGUGCCUCUGGCAUUAGCAGCCUAGCUCAUUUCCUAGCCAAAGAUACCGUUGACCAUUUCAGUACAGUGAUAAAGCCAGCAGUUUAUCUCUCCAUGUUCUACUUCUUCAGCUAUCCCAGAUCUUCUUUUGCAGAAAAUUACACUGUUAUGCUCUGCCUUGUGUACUGUGUAACUGGCAUAGCUUACAUGUUAGCCAUAUUUCUUGAUCCUGGUCCAUCACAGCUGUUUGCGGUGCUCCUUCCUGUAGUUUUGACUCUUAUUUCGACACAGACACAAAAUAGUGAGUUUCUGAGGAAUCUUUCAAAGUUGUGCUAUCCUAAGUGGGCACUGGAAGCGUUUGUAAUAGCAAAUGCAAACAGGUAUUCGGGAGUCUGGCUGAUAACUCGUUGUGGUGCACUUUUAAGAUUUGGGUACAAUGUACAUGAUUGGGGUCUUUGUAUAUUCGUCCUCAUGAUGAUUGGUAUAGUUUGCCGCAUUUUUGCCUUUUUUGGCAUGCACAUUGUCCAUAAGAGGUGACUUAACGCUUAGGCUAUGAAACUCACAACAUAUAGUUAUUUACCGGUAUAAAUAGAGGUAUGAAUGUUGUAUCAACUAAGCAUAGUUAGUUAGCUUUUAUACUAUAACCUUUAGAAAAAAGUAAAAUUAAAUAUUUAAAUGUAAAUGUAAUACUUAUGCCGUCUUUCACGGAUUUUGAGUCCCAUUACCUCAACAGUAUAUUCAA